GACUACGCCAUAUUGGAUUCCCGUAGGUUUCACAGCAUUCUUAGCAGCUUACGAGGAACAGUUUUUAUUAAUGGUCCCGUUAUCAGUUUAAUUUUUUUAUUUAUUUCACCUCUCGCAGCAAAACCCCGAACAGUACAGCGAGCCACGUUAGAUCCAGGCAGCGGCGCAGAUUCAAAACGGGCUCGCUUACGACAGGUUACUUGUCGGGGGAGGGGAGGGGGGGGAGGUUACCAGUCAUCGGACUUGAAUGGAUCCGAGGGUAGCUUGGAUCCAGCCGGAGCAGAAAGGACCUGCGAACGCCUUAUGGAUGCAAAUCUGGGAGACCUCUCAGGGAGUGAGGACGCUCUCCGCUCACAAGCCGAGCCACGCUCAGUGUGUGAGCUAUGCGGCUUUAAUGGCUUUAAAUAAUGCGGCGGCAUCGUGCAAGAGCGUCCGCAGCCCCAGCAACGGCCGGAGUAACGGCAGCGGCCAUCGCGGCGUCGUGAGCUGCUCCGCGAACAGCAGCGGCAGUACAGGCGGGACACCGAUGUCCAACGGGAACCUCCCAGCGAAGGAAGACACCGAGGUAAAGACGCCGAUCCAGAAGCCUGCUUCUGCCUCCCAGGAAUCGGGGACAGAAAGUCCCAUUUCUAGCAGCUCGCUCUACGAAAGGACCUCGGGUGGAAAUGUGGGGGGGAUCGGCGGUGGCGAUCUAGGCGACAGCGUGGAAAACGACGCCGACCUGUAUCAUCAUCAACGCAACCUGGACGCUUUUAAUCUGCAGCGGAUCUGCGCGAAGCAGCAUCAGGUUCACUCCGCUGCAGCGGAUCACCACACACUCGGUCUGCAUCCGGACCGGAGGAAAAGCGACAACAAGGCCAGCACCUAUGGGAUGAAUUACCUGCUUUCGAACUGCACUAAUGGAAAUCAUGUGAAUUGGACGCCGUGGAAGAAGAGGAAAUACAGCUCUGGAGUGCUCGGACUCGAUGAAGAGGUGAGGGACUUCUACAACUUCAUGUGUCCCCGAACUGGAGAGGAAUCUAUGAGGAAGGAGGUGGUGAAGCGGAUAGAGAUGAUCAUCAAAGAGCUGUGGCCUGCAGCUGAUGUCCAGAUAUUUGGCUCCUUCAGCACCGGGCUCUACCUUCCCACAAGCGACAUAGACCUGGUCGUGUUAGGGAAGUGGGAGCGCCCCCCGCUGCAGGAGUUAGAGCAGGCUCUUCGGAAACAUAACGUGGCAGAACCCUUCUCCAUUAAAGUCCUGGACAAGGCUACGGUGCCGAUCAUCAAGUUGACAGACCAGGAGACCGAGGUGAAGGUGGACAUCAGUUUCAACAUGAAAAGCGGCGUCAAUGCGGCGAGCUUCAUUAAGGAAUACUUAAAGAAGUAUCCCGUGCUGCCUUACCUGAUCUUUGUGCUGAAGCAGUUCCUGCUGCAAAGAGAUCUGAAUGAAGUCUUCACUGGGGGCAUCAGCUCUUACAGCCUCAUCCUUAUGGUCAUCAGUUUCCUGCAGCUUCAUCCACGCAUCGAUGCCAGAGACCCCAACCAGAACCUUGGCGUGCUGCUGAUCGAGUUCUUCGAGCUCUACGGCCGCAAUUUCAACUACUUGAAAACGGGGAUCCGCAUCACGAACGGGGGUGCGUACGUCGCCAAAGAGGAAGUAAUGAAGACCAUGACGAAUGGAUACACGCCGUCUAUGCUCUGCAUAGAGGACCCACUGAUUCCAGGCAAUGAUGUGGGGAGGGGCUCUUAUGGUGCCAUGCAUGUCAAGCAGGUGUUUGACUACGCCUACACUGUUCUAAGUCACGCCGUGACGCCGCUUGCCAAGUCGUAUCCCAACAAAUACUGUGAAAGCACGCUCGGGAGGAUAAUUAGAUUAACCCAAGAAGUCAUUGAAUACAGGGAGUGGAUUAUCAAUAAGUGGGGAGGCAAGGAUUCACCGCAAGUGGAGAACAGAGCUGCCUCUCCUAAGGAGCCGGUUUCAGAGCAGGAGUCGUGCGUCCUGGGCGGCAGCAUUGUCGCUUCGGAGGAGCAGCAGAGGGACUCGGUGUCGCCUCACAGCGCCGACUCUCCCAUGUCGAUCUCCAGCCCCAAACAGCACUCAUCAGCCUCGUCGGUUUCCUCGCUGUCUGGAUCCGACAACGACUCUGAUUCAGCACUGCCGUACUCCCUCCCUCCACCGACCCUGUCAGCAUAUGCCUCCUUCCCGGCCCUCGGCCUCGCCUUGCAGCCGGGCAUUCACUUGGGCACCGGAAAGCACGGCAUGGGAGGACACCAUCUGCUCCUUCCUCCAGUGUCACAGGCUCACGUCUCGCUGCCCAGCAGUCUAGCAUUGCACUCCAUGCCUGGCAGACAGGUGUGUAUGGACACUGGGCUCCCCCCCUUCUACCACAUGCCCCCCCCAGCCCAUGCUCAUACCCCUGCCCCUUCCAGCCCCCAGCCUCCGCUCAGCCCCCACUCCAGCCACACGCACAAGAGCGGAACAAAGUUCAACGGGAAGGGCUACCACAACCCAGCGCCGGUGAACGGCGCGGCUCCAGCCAACCGCGGACACACCCACACACAGUACCACCGCAACUCCUGGACACGGCGCAGGAAGAGGGACAGCCUGCCGGUCAGCCUCAGCAGAUAGAAACCACUGCUCAUCCUUUUUUUUUUCCCUCCGUCUCUUUUUCCGGCUGCAAAACUCAAGUUUUCACUCAUGCUGGAGGAGGACGAACAGACGGGCGCGCGGGCAGGAACAGGAUGAGAGACCAGCUGCUUUCACUACGGCGGCUUCUUUCAUCUACUGCAGUAGCAUCCCUUUAGAUCUACAUCUUCCUCCUUUUUUUCCGUUUCUGCGCAGCUUUCUUCUUUGAUGGUUUCAGUAUUAUGUUCCCGUCAGUAUUGUUCCCUCUCCCUUAUUUCAGGUUACUUGUUGUUUUGUCGGUGGUAACGGCAGUACCAGCGUCACUUGACCUCACUCUAACCCCUGCAGCCAAGCAGCUCGUUGUUUGGUGUUACACUUGUUUUUUUUUUUUGUCUUGGUUUU